UAACAAUGUGAUUACUGCAUGUUAAAACAAAUGGCUGUGCGCGGAACAAACAAGGGGGCGGGACCUAGCCUAGUGAUAAAGUGCUCACCUGACGCCCAAUCAGUCUACGAUUGAUUCCCAUUGGGCUAUUUCUUGAUACAGCCAGUGUAUCAGGACUUAUAUAUUACAGGCCAUGGUAUGUACUAUCCUGUCUGUGGGAUAGUACAUAUAAAAGAUCCCUUGCUACUAAUGGACAAAUGUAGCAGGUUUUCACUGUAAGACUGUCCAAAUUACCUAAUAUUUAACAUCCAAUAGCCGAUGAUUAAUAAAUCAAUGUGCUGUAGUGGUGUUGUUAACCUAAAACAAACUUCAACUGUAGAACAAACAAAAAACCUGUUGUAGCAAAAUCAGUGAGAUCUAAAGCCCUGCUUUACCUAUUACAAAUUACCUUUGUGCUAAACGGACAAUCUUUGCAGGUACAUGUGUAUGAUCUGUCAGGCACUGGAAUUUGCUGCUGGAAUACAUAGGUUUGCGAGAGAUAUUAGUGCAAGGGUUGUCUGGUUCGCGUACGUGUGUGUGACAUACUAAAGACUCUCUCUCCCCAGGCUAGUGCCAAUGUGUCAGGGAUUGAUAAGUAAUUCACCUGGUAUUGGUCCCACUUUACCUGUGUGUCGUUUACCUGCACACUGUUACUGGAUCUAGGACACUUCGGCUUGUUUACCACAGAUCUGCUAUGGUAAUGACAGUUGUGUGUUGCUAACAAAUAUGUGAUUAUAAGGAAGACAACUGGUUGCACCACAAUGUUUGUGUAAUUCAACUUCCUGUCAGUCAAUACAGCCAGCAUGGCAGGAUGGACAAGUUUGUCUGGCUAUCUCUCUUUCAAGCAAGGGGGAGCUCUGGGACGACUGAAGUCCCGGAAGAAGAUGUGGUGUGUGCUGGAGGAGAGUCAGCACCAGCUGCUGUAUUACAAGGACGAGAGCCGGACGAGACGCAAGGAACCCGAGGGAAGCAUCAACUUGAAGGGGGCGGCCAUUACCCUCGACCUCGACAACGAGAAUCAGUUCAUCAUCAUAAAUGACGAGAAGAGCUACGUGUUGAUGGCCGAGAAUCACGAGUCCAUGAUGAUCUGGCUGCUGGCUCUCCAGGCAAAACGAGAUCAUCAAACAGAAAAAAAUCCACACAACAACAAUCAAUCAAAUGAGUUUGAAACUAGAAGACGGAGUGUGUCCGAUGUGUCUGCGGCUAACAUUGACAAGCGGAGCCACAAGUUACUGUGUAUGACCAAGUCCCUGACCAUGAACCAGACCAUGCAGGACUCAACACGUCCAGACUGGCGUCGCUAUCAGCUCUCGCGUCUCGGAGAGCCUGUCGAUACCCACAUCAAGAAAGCAUUUGAAAGGGUAGACAGAUCCAGAUCUCUGCCCCCUGUUUUUGAAUUUGAAGAGUGUAUGCGGCAAUUGAGACGAAGAAGUAUUCACAUAACGAAUGAAAUCCCUGAAUCAUUUGUCUACCCAUACAACCGUCAGAUGUCCAUCAGCAUGGACUCUUGUGGUCCGAAUGCCAUCAACAAGGUGGGAAAUCCUGGCGGUGAGUCUAGCAGUGGUAGUGCUGCCGACAGCGAUGAUAUCUUUGGAGACAAGUCAAAGAGAAGGAAGUCGAAGGACAGCAGCUGGGGUCAGAAGUUGCGUUUGAAGAUGCACAUGGAAAAUGACAGUGAUAGCUACAAUGAAUCGGGGGUUUCCGAGGAUCGCAGACACAGUUCUCUGUCUGCAUCCAGUGACUCCGCCAUUGACACCCAGGAUGCAGUUGGAAGAGUUAUGGAACUUGAGAAAGAUCUAAUAGCUACAAAAUGUGAGCUGGCGAAGAUUAUGAACCGGCAGACAUGCAUCCAGGAGAUUAUGAAACAGAAGGAUGAGAUUAUCGGAGACCUCGAUGAGAAACUAGGUCAACUUGGACAUGGGGAUCAGGCUUACGACAGCAAGAAGAGGACGUCAAGAAUCUCAAAAGAUUUGCAAGAACGUAUUCGGGUUUUACAAAACCAAAACCGAUUUUUGAACGAGGAAGUGCGGCGACUUGCCAAGUUGAGAACAAAUGAGCAGUCAGCAUUUGAGGAACAGGAUGGGAAGGUUCAGUGGCUGGAGGCGGAGAUCGACAAGUGGAAGUUGGACUAUGUGUCUCUCAUCCAGUCCAGCAUCCGGUUCACCGGCUCAGACACCAUGGACGACGCGGAACUCAUUCUCUUUGGAGGGGACAAGCACAAGAACAGAGUUCUCGGACUGUUAGAAGAAGCUAGAAAAAUCAACCCCAGUUUGCCAACAUAUGAGAGACUGAUGCACCAUGACGUGCACGUGGACUGCUAUGGGUUCAAGCACCAGUUUGAGGACAGCGGUCUGCUGCUGCACUACCUGUGUCAGGAGCUGACCCUGCACUACCAGACCCAGGCCGGCACGUAUGAGCGACACCAGCACAGCUGGAUGGUCUUCCUGCAGAAACACUCCAAGCAGAUGCUCAAGAACAAAAAAGAACUGAAGAGCCUUUGUCAUGGUGGAAUUCCAGACCAGUACCGCAAACAGGUGUGGCGCCAUCUGGUGUAUGACAGAAUGCAAGACAUGAUUAUGGAGAAGGGACAGCACUACUAUCGCAACUUGUGUAGCCUGGUUCCUGACUCACCGCUGGCAGCUCGUUACAGAAAGCAGGUAUCUCUGGACCUGAUGAGAACCAUGCCCAGCAAUGUGAAGUUCUCCACACCCGGAUCUAGAGGGGUGAUGGAUCUGCAGGACAUUUUGUUGUCAUUCUGUAUCCACAACCCUCAGAUCGGCUACUGUCAGGGCAUGAACUUCAUCGUCGGCAUGGCACUGCUCUUCAUGGACGCCCAGGAUGCAUUCUGGACCCUAGUGGCUGUGACAGAGCGCUACUUCACCCCCAACUAUUUCGACCACAACCUGGUUGGGGCACAGGCUGAUCAGCAUGUGUUGAAGGAUCUCAUCCACACCAAACUGCCGCGACUGUGGACGCACCUGGAGGAGAUCGACAUAGAGGUGUCCACCAUCACACUCAACUGGUUUUUAGGAAUCUUCUUCGAUGCAGUCCCCUUUCAGACCCUUCUCAGGGUGUGGGACUGCUUUCUUCUUGAGGGGCCGAAAGUUUUGUUUCGUAUCUGUUUGGCCAUCCUCAAGAUGCACGAGAAGGAGAUUCUAUUGAAGGCAGACACCAUCAGUGUGAUGAGACACCUCAAGACCUGCGCAAAGCUCACCUUCGACAUCGAUGGGCUUAUCAAGACGGCAUUUGAAGACCUGAAGCCGUUUCCCAGCAGACAGACAAUCCUGACCAAACAGACGUGUUAUCUGAAGACUCUCAAAGAGAAGUACAAGAAGAAGGAACUCCAAAAACUUGCAUUUGCCGAGCGGGAACAGUUGUUCCUGGCACUGGAGGCUGACUCUGGACACUGUCUGACAUUUGAAUGCUGUGCUGCUCAGGACAAUGGAGAGGUGUGGCUGUGCUAUGGUGAACAGAAACUGUCGAAGGUGUGCCAGGUGAAAUCUUCACAAGGUGUGAUGGUCAACCUGCCACUGGAGUUUGACACAAGAGUCAUGUGUAGUCUGCCUCUGCCGGGUGGUCUGGUGUUGUUUGGAACAUUGUCAUGGACAGUGUCAGCAUACAAUACAUACAACAGGCAAAAGUUAUGGCAGACACUCCUGCAUGAUGCAGUUCUCUCCCUUUGUAACUUCUCUGAUGAAGAUACUCCCUGUCGGAUUUUCGCUGGUUUAGCUGAUGGAACCAUUGCUAUUAUUGAGAAUGCUGCCAAAGAGAUGCCAAACUUUGACACAAUGUACAUUCCCAUUGGUCAGUCGCCUGUCACAUGUGUCAAGUUGCUAGGAAACCAUCUGUGGUGUGCUUGUGGAAACAAAGUUUACAUUAUUCAUGCUAGCACCCUGGACAAUCUGGAUAACUUCACUGUAUCGACCAACCCAUAUGAUCACAUUCUGUCCCUGGAGGUGGGCAUUCCUGGGGUGUGGAUCUCGAUCCGAGGAUCGUCCAUCCUUGAACUGUGGGACCCUCUGUCUCUGAGCUGCAAGAUGCUGUACGACACACGCUCGGGGCGCUACCCAAGUCUCAGAAAGGAGGAUGAAACCUAUUUCAACAAGGCAAGGAUAACUUCAAUCCUUCCCCAUGAAUCAACCGUAUGGAUUGGCACAGGUGAAGGUAACCUGAUCAUUUACGAUGUUGUUGAAACCACAACACCAUGCGUUACACCAUCUGAAGCCUCCUUCAAUACAGACCUGGCAGAAAACUUGAAGUGGAGGAAGAAAAACAGCAUAGACGGGGGGUUUGAUCCAAUCCGAGCAGUGGAAGAGAAGGUACGAGAGAUGUACUACCAAGGAUUGGCCAGUGAUGAUGUCAAUCUGACCACAACAAAGCCUUACUUUAGCAGAGACGGUCAGGAGAGUGAAGUCCAGAUGUACAAGAUUUCAACAACUUCUACCAGCAGUACGGUCAUUGUCACAGAUGAGUCAUCUGGUUUCUCUAACCAAGUCUUGUCAUCAACACCAGCAAACAGCAACAGUUUCCUUGGACAUCAGAACUUUACUUCUUCAGUGACAUCAUCACCAGCAAGUUUCUGGUACGACAGUUGUGGGAAGAGUUUCUCUCAUAAUGAUCCAGAUAUGAAUGCAUCAUCUCUGGUUGAUAGCUGUGAGGGAAACCCAUCAGAAUCUGAUGUGAAGGUAGAGGAUUCGACCAAAGAGGUAUUGUCACCGGGAAUAGCAAGCAAGUUUCUGACUGAUGGGAACAAAGGAAAGAAGCGUAAGAGUCUCCGGCGGAAGUUAUUUGAAACCGAUGAAGCCACAGAAAAUGAUAUGAUGAUUGUUGGUAAUUUCUGCAAGGAUCAGGCAGACAAUGACAGCGAAAGUGAUGAAGAUUCCAAACUUGGUGAUGCUUCACCUGCAGAUACUGUAUGUGAAGUGAGAAAUGGUGAAAUUUCCAGUGACACAAGCAGAGAUUCUCAACUACGUGUGGCAAACAACUGCAUGUCCUCUUCAGAGCCAUCCAAGAAAGUGUUGCCGGUAGAAAAUGUCUCUGUGGAUCCAGCUGAAAAUAAAACCACAACAAAGAGACCAGACUGUCUCCCUGUUGUCCGAUCAGGCAGGCUUGAUUCAGGAAUCAAGCUGAGUUCAAAUAUGUCCACUAGCAGCAGUGCAAGUGGUUCAAAAGGCAAGCGACUGACUAACAACCAGAUGGACUCUACAGAGAGUGAUGUGUUCAUCAGUGGCGAGGGCAAGAAUGAAGCAAAUGAUAUCACUGAAACUACAAUACAGAAUGGUGUUUGUGAUGAUGAAGAUAAGGAGGUCCAACCAGUUCCAAAAGAUGAAACAUAUAAGGUAGAACCUGACUCAGAACAAACUGAGAAAGAUAUUUCUUCACACAAAGAUGAAAGUGGUCAAGUAUACACUAAUGGACAUUCUAGUAGUGAGAAAUCUCUGAACUGCAAUCAUGUUUUCAAGAACACAAAGAAAAAACACAGUUCAAGGAGAUCUAGAGGCAACAAAAACAAUGGUACUCAGUUUUAUUUUUCUGACUCCGAGGAGGAAGUGUUUGAAGAUGCCAUAGACAACUUCAGAAAAAUAGACUCCAAUGAAAAUUUGUGCCAUUCUGGGAUCAACAUUCCACACAGUACUAGUGACAGCACAAGCUCUCUCAAAUCUUGUUCAAAGAGCUUGCCCAAGUCUUUCGAACUUGGCAGACUAGACUCGUGUUCCAGCUGUUAUACCAACUUGGAGAAUGUUCGUCCCAAGAGUCCAGACGCUCAGUGGCGACUGGAAUUCACAGGGAUUCAUGUCGACACAGACUGUGAAAGCAGAAUGUCCAACAUGGAUUUAUCUGAAGCAGACUCCUUCUCCUUCAGUUCCAACAGCCAUAGAAUUUCAAUAGACUCUAACACCAGUGACCUACUUGUCACAACAAACAACAAAGGCAGCAGCAGCACCAAUAAUCUUUCCACUUUCAGUCCACAGAACUUCAUCUUUCCAGAAGACUACUCCUUGGAACAAAAGAUUGAAAAGUUCUUACAGACGCCCAGCUUCAGUGCAACCAAUAGUUCCCGUGCUUGGUCCAGUUAUGAUGAGAUUUCAACUCCGCCAAAGGGAAAACAAAAAGCUGGAAAGGGCAGAGAUGCCGUUCUGCAGAGUGAUGCUUCUAGAGGGACCAGUUCUGUGUCUCUGAUGACCAUGGGAGAGAACAUGUUCUGUACAGAUCUCAAUCUACAGGCUAAAGUCAAGAUCUCAGACAAACCUGUCAAGUGCUUAGUCAACUUAGUUUGCAAUAAUGAACCAUUGAUUUUGAGUCUUGCUGGCUGUUAUGGUGAUGAUGAAGCUGUGCUGAAGUGGAAAAAGGAACCAAAUGAAAUGCUGUGGACUAAUGAUCCAAUACUAGAGUACUGCAUGGACACAAAGACGACCAUCCUGCCGACCUACAUGAGAGGCAGGAUGUCGAGCUCUUCUUCAAUACACAGCAACAGGAGUGCCAGCUCCGUGAAGUCCCGGGAACACAGACUGAGUGGGAACAGUCAGUAGCUCCCAGAACAUCACAUCACAUUCCACACUGGUUCACAAGAGGCAUUUUCUGGAGGCCGAGCACUCAUGGGAAUUCACUACACUGGUUUUUGUACCUAAUGGUAAAUGAAUGGAAAAGGAUAGGAUUAGAUUAAAACCAGUCAAAUUGUGACCGAGUGCUUGCUCUCCUGAACAUGCCAAAGAUGUAUGGAACCAUCUGUGAAAGAAUCCAGUAACACAUGAACAAGGUCCGUUAAAAUGAUUGGAGCAGAGUAUUGCUGAUGCUGUUUUCAUGAUGCCAAUCUCAAGCAUGAUUAUGUUACAAUAGUCUAACACUGAAGAUAACAUCUAGAUCAUGAAUUUCUCAAGUCAGCAGCAUGUGUUGGAUGUUUAUCUUGAUUGAUUUAUGGACUAAUUCACACAGGGGUUGUAAAACCUCAUUGAGAUCAUCUUGUUUAGAUUAAUCUGUUGAAACCAGAAAACAUUACUAGCGACUUCAUAGUGUGCUUGUAGAGACUGUUAUCCAUGUUAUUCAAAGCUAUACUAAUCCUUUGAAUGAUCUGCAUGUUUUGCAGGUGUACCAUACCCAAGAAACUGUCAUAGACAUGCUGUGUAUUGUGUUUCUAAAUCAGAGGCUGUUAGUCGAAAAAUGUGGUGGCCAUGUUCAGCAAGUGCUUUGGCCCCACAAAAACAAUUUAUUGCAAGACUCUUCCUUAUGGGUACACCUGUUGUAAAAGAGUAUAAUCUCUUAGUUGUAUGCAAUCAUGCCAUGGCUACAAACUAUUACUGAAAACAUUAUGAUAUGCCAAUAAAGAAAGAAGAUCCUAACCGAUGAUGCUGGCCAUUAAUUUCACUGAUACUGAAACUUUAAUUACUUCUAAAUGGAGAUCUGUUUAUUGGUGUCUUGUACUUAAUAAUGGCUUCUUUAACUGAACUACAGCUGUUAACAUUAAGCAGUAAUUUCAGAAAACAGGCUAGUUUGAGUUAUAUUUCAAUAGAGAAAUUGGGUUUGUAUUUCUGGUGGGGGAAACACAAUAAAACUCCUGACAUAUCAGUGCCAAAUCUAUGUGCAAUUUAAACAAAUUUUAAAUCACUACACUCACGUUUGUGCAAAUAUAAAUUGUUGAUGGAAAUAUAGCUCUCCUUAUUACUUGAAGAUUAAACUGUACAGAAUUUGUGUAUUUUGUUUAGCAACCAAACUCACAUGAACAUAAUCUUUGUGAUGAAACCAGUUAAUGAUGAUCCUAAUUUGUAAAUACAUUUUUCUAUUUUACAGAUUGUUACUGAAUAUUGUUUAUAAACUAAUAUUAUAAUUGUGAUGUAUAGCUUUAUUAUGGUUGCUAUACAAUGAUACAAAGAAGCUGAUAAUGGAUAGGUUUGGAAGAAUUCUAUAAUUCUGAAAAUAAAAAUGAUUCUUUUUAUAUAUUACAAUUUGAUUUCAGCUGGUUCUGAAUUAGUUCUACUAAAUGUUCGUUUACAAUACCAAGUCCAACAUUAGGGCAUAAUAUUUGUAUCUUUUGUAAAAACAGGUGUUCAUUUUACAAUUACUGAUUUUUUUUUUUUUAAACUGUGAUAAAUUAUGACUCUAUAACGAAUUAUUCAGGAGUCAAAUAUGGUUUGAAAAUAUUAUUCUUACUAAUAAAUUACUUUAAACUUUACUGUAUAAGAAAAAUACAUUACUGACAUAUUUUAUCUCUAAAGACUAAAUAGGCACACUAACUAAAAAAGGUCUUUGGUAAUUAGUUAUAUACAUCAAUAUAAUUAUAACUGGCUUGUACUAAUGUGAUGGGGUUAGGUAUGCCAUGAUGAAUGAUGACUAAACUCUAAUUACAAUGACAUAAUGAUGUUGAACAUGUCAAACUAACUUGAUUUAAUAUGUUGACCAGUUUAGACUGAAACUGAUCCCCAAUGCUUACGUCGUGUAUAUAACAUAAGCUUUAAUUGCAGUUCAGCCAAAAACUUUUUUCUUGCAGAGGACAUUUAGACAACACAUAUGACAUAAAGAAAUCUUAAUUCUAGUAAUUUCAAAGUCUGCCAGACAAAUUAGCCAAUUGCCAAUUAUUAUACAGAGUGGCUACAACAUUUAGUCUUUGACGAAUAAAAUUGUCCUUAAAUUAACCACAUUUUAAUAAUUUUCAAGGAAAUACAUAUUGGAAAAUUGGCUAAACCAAAAUUUGUUAGAGUGUGAGCUCUGGCCAGAUAUACAGUAGUUUUGAUGAUCAGUUGGAUCAAUUGUAAAGGGUGGGUGUUUCUAGUUUGAAGGGUGGAUCAUGUUAGUAUAAAAAUCCAGUCUUUAAAAUCUUUGUUUGUCAAUUUAUCUCUAGAAUGGUGCGUUUUUGGUGCUCAAAAAUACAUAGCUGGUCACAAGCUCAUAUAAACACUUUUUACUACUUGGGCAAAUGCAUUUUCAGUAACUUAAUAAUGUUAUGUCAUUGUGCAAGCCAUUUUAUUAUUCCUUGUCCAUUUGCCUAAAUGUUUUUACACAUUACAAUAUUACCAUUAUGUUUAUUACUUUUCUAAGUUACUGUGCACCAGCAGACAAACUGGCAAAUUAAUAGUAUAUGCCUAAUAAAGUUUUAUUACAUUAGCUACAUUUCAAUAUUUUGAAAAAGAAAUACUUUACAUUUAUGAAAUUGGCUAAAAAAUAUAAUAAUAAUAAUAACAGAUAACCCAUCAUGUAAAAUCAUGUUGUAGCAUAAUUCUCUUUUUUGUACUUUUGUUAUAUAAUGGACAAAAAUAAUUUAUAUGAAGUCGUCUUUUAUAACAUAAAGAUAAGCAUUUUAAGCAUCGAGUUAUAGCAUGGAAUGUUUCAUACAAGAACUUGAACAUCACAAACUUUAAAGUGAUAACGUCAUUAAAUAAACAACCACACUGUAAUAAUAUUUAGUGACCCUAAGAGUGAUGAACACAAAGUCGUAAGUUGUCAUGUUACAGCUAUACAUCAUAUUUCAGUUUCUUCUGCUGCUAACAAAUAUGAGCCUGGUCUUGGAAUACUGGGGUUUUUUUUCUAGUUUUGUACCAAUCAGCACCUUAUAUUAUGUUCAUUGUUUAAACAAAAACACUGAAGUCUCAUUUCCAUUUUCGAAUCUCAAUCCUGAUAACAUCUCUUUUCUCAAUUGUUUUACCAGGACCACAGCUAAUAUACCAAUGUUAUUGACAACAGUAUCUGUGAUGGACAGCAAUACGGGUUUAUUAACUAACUUUUUCCUAUAUUUGAACAUGGCAUAUCAUUGUGAUAAAUCUGUUAUGUUUUUUGUUUUGUCAAGAAAACACUAAUGUUUUCUAAUAAAAAGUGUAUAUAUUCAUUAUCAUAUUUUCAUAGGGAAGGCCAUACAUUAUAUUUUCAUAUAACUUACUAUUAUAUGCGUGUACAUUUUAUAUUAAUGUACAUAUUUGUUUCUGUUAGAUAUUUGACAUUAAAAAAAUAAAUGGAAACAUUUAUAUGUUUGUAAAUCAUGCUUAAUUUGAAAGUAUGUUAUUUUCUAAAUGAAAACAUAAAUAUGCACACAAAAUUAUUAUAUUAAUAUUUACUGGAUUCUGAUUUAAUGAUAUCACUGAUCAAUUUAAUGUUUUUCUUUGAUAAAAUGCAAAAAUAACAGAUAAUUGAUCAUGCGUAAGGAUGAAAAAAUAAAAUAAUUCAAACUAUAAAAUUUAUAUUGUUUGUAAUUUACUUUAUAAUGUAAUAUGAUUUUACACAAUUUGUGAUUGUUAAAGAUUGUUAACUUCCCCUGUAUAUGAAACUAGUGUUUUGUUUUUCAUCAGGCAAAAUUAACAUCCAAUAAUAACCACAGCUGUUAGAACACAAAUGUAUUGCAUGUAAAAUGACUAAAACAUUUAACAUUUCACUAAUAGUCUGUUGAUUGUAGCUGCUUUCCAAUUGUAUUUCAAGAAAUACUAUAUGUAUAAAAAAGAAAUACAGUUCUGAAAACAAAAGCCCUGGUGAUUUUCUAAUUGAAGAAAAUUUAAAAAUAAAACUUGUUUGUCUAGUUCAUAUUGGUGUACCAAUGGUUUAUAUCAACCAUAUACGGAUAAUUAUUGUGCACAUACAUGUAAUCUUGCAUAGUAUGUUAAACAAGCAAUUUUAUAUGGUUAUCAGUUUUUUUUUUUCUUUAACCAGUUUUGGGCAUAACCAGUUUUGUAAAAACACUCUUCAGUUGUAAUCUUUUUAUCAGGUUUCCCGAAUAUAACACACAUUCAACAAAAAUAAACCAACUGAACUAUAAUGAAAAUGCACACAUUCAUAAACUGACAAAAAUACUAUUUUUUAAAAAUCAGUGUUUACAUAUAUGUAUUUUGUUAAUUAUGACCAGGAAUUAGUGGUACAUGAUUGUUUAUCAUCCAAUAAAAGAUGAUAAAUGUA